GGACCAUCAACCAAGAUGCAAUUAAACUCAAUAUGGACGUCAAAUAAGACUCCGGUAAUUGCCACUUUGAUUAUUACAUUGCUUGUGUUUUCAACUCGCAACAUUGGUAAAAAAACACCAGAUUCUUUGGGUUCGAUAAGAGAUCUUAAAUGGAGUUCUAUCAACUUUCUUCAUACAACUGAUACUCACGGCUGGUAUGGAGGUCAUACUAAUCAGAAACUAUAUGGUGCUGAUUGGGGAGACUUCAUAUCUUUCACUGAAAAUAUGAGAAGCAUUGCCAACUCGCAAAAUGUGGACUUACUUCUUGUUGAUACCGGUGAUAGACACGAUGGUAAUGGGUUAACUGACGCCACCGUACCAAACGGGAUUGAAGCUUUGCCGAUAUUUGCCAAACAGGACUAUGACUUGGUUACCAUUGGGAAUCACGAGUUAUACUUAUACGAGAAUUCCAAGCAAGAAUUCGACUUUAUCGUGCAAGAAUAUGGUAAUAAUUAUAUUAGUUCGAAUGUUGAGUAUAAAAAUAAUGAUGGUGAUUUUGAACCAUUUGGAAAGAAGUACAAGUAUUUUACAACACCAAACCAGAAAGCUCGUAUCUUAUCAUUUGCAUUCUUAUUUGAUUUCACCAGAAAUAAUGAAGGAACCAAGGUAACUCCAUUAGAGGAUGUUAUCAAAGAGAAAUGGUUUUUGGAAACGUUAAAAAAACAUCCUGGACAAGAUGUUGAUUUGAUUGUAGUUUUCGGCCAUAUUCCAAUUGCUCAUACAUGGAAGGAAUUACUGGUUCUACACCAAGUUUUAAGAGAAUACUAUCCCGAGACAAAGAUUCAGUAUUUCGGAGGUCACAGUCAUAUAAGAGAUUUCACAAUCUUUGACAGUAACCUGACUGGUUUACAAAGCGGAAGAUACUGUGAGUCAGUUGGAUGGGUCAGUAUUGAUUUAUCUGCCACUGGAGAUUUAUCACCACAAAAGAUUUUUGCCCGGUCAUAUAUUGAUUUCAAUUUAAACUCAUUUUUGCAUCAUUCCGGUCAAUCAUCAAUUGAAGAAUUUGAAACUGAAGCCGGUAACAAUGUAACAAGAACAAUUAACCUUGUCCGAAAUAAAUUACAUUUGAACGAUGUAUUAGGGCAUGUUAAUAGAAAUUAUUAUGUUGAUUACGUACCUUUAGACCACCCUCAAAAUCUUUUCAAAUUAUUAGCUGAUCAAGUGUUGCCUACUUUACAACCUACACAAGCUUUGAAAAAUCAAUCUGAUGAAAGAAUUUUCAUUAUAAAUACCGGUUCAAUUAGAUAUGAUUUAUAUAAAGGUCCCUACACAAUUGAUACUCGUUAUAUUGUAUCGCCAUUUGAAAAUGAAUGGGCAAGAAUUACCUUACCCAAAUCAAUUGCCAUUAGAAUUGGUCCAUUUUUAAAUAAAGCUGGUUAUAUUUUGAGUCAGGACAAAGAUAACGAAAUAGAUAACAGACGAUUAUUACCAUUACAUCAAUAUUCUCAAAGACUUAAACAAGAACAACAAUUACGGGCAAAACUUGAAGAAGAACCAGAAAAGAAAUUCCAAUAUCCAGCCUUUUCACCAUUUUUCUCUCAAGAUGCUGAAUUUCAAAAUGAAGCAAGUAUAACAAGACAAAAAUUAUCUAAAGGUUAUGUCACUCACGAUGACUUUGGUGAUGAUGGAGAUGAUACUCCACAUAAACCAGUAAUCAAUUUCCCAAUUACAAACGUGGUUGAAUCGAAACAAUUGGAUAUAGAAACAGGUGAACAUGCAUUGGUUGAUGUUAUCUAUUAUAAGUUCAUUGAAGGAAAUAUACUUUGGGCAUUAAAACAUAUUGGAUAUGAUGAAAAAGUUGAAAGUGAAUUAUAUUCAACUACUUAUUUGAACCAACUUUUGGAAGUAUUUGUUCAACAAAAUGAAAUCUAGUAUUACAAGUAUUUAAAUU